AUGACCACCAACCACCACUCCAAGCAACCUGUACCAACCCACACCAUCCACCCAAUCUCCCCAGUCGACCUAACCCGGCUAACCCCCUCUCAACAAGCCAUCUACAACUGUCUCCGCUCCCAAGGCUGGACCGACACACACUGCACCACCUGGCUACGAAGCACCGAGCACAUGCAAGAGUCUCUAUCCGGGUGGUUCCGCGCGCAGGGCUGGAGCGAGGAGCAGCUGCGGGCGUUUCGGGAGCGGUGCGAGGGGGACUUGCCGGUGGGUGUUGCGCCGCCGGUUACGGGGGAUGAUGGGUGGCAGGCGGAGUUUGAUUUGCAGGGUAAGUUGCUUGGGGAGGCGGGGAGGAGGAAGAGGGUUGGAGAGGAGAUGCGGGUUGGUUUUGGGGUUGGGGGGAGGAGGGGGUCUAGGUAG